AUGAGCAAGCGGGCAAUUAAUGGCCAAGAACACUUAGCAGAGAAGCUUACUUAUGUGCUCGGCUGUCUCAACAGAAAGAUCCUCGAUGCAAAUAUGAAAGAGACAAUUUUUCAUCACUUUGUGACUGGACUCACAUUUCUUUUGUCAUUUGAUGUUGGCAAUUCCGAAAUGUACGGGUGUAGAAACACAACUGAUUUGGUGCGAAUAGAGGUCAACCAAAACAAGAUGGAAUGCGUCCGCGACGAAAUUGAUCCUGACGCGGAGUUCGAAGGGGUGGUGAAAGCAAUAGGAUUCACUGGGUCAGGCUUCACCGAAUCACAAAGUGAUCCGGACUCAGAGAGAUUAACUUGGGAUUCACUCACUACUGGUGAAGUUUACAAUACCCACCCGAAUAACUGCGCCGGACACGAGGAAAACUGUUCAAACGGGAGUGGUGUGAACGUGAAUUCUACACAUCCCGCGGCCAACUUCAGCAAAUUCAAUGAGGCUGAUUCGUCAAUCAGUUUUACUGACAAAGCUGAGAGUGAAAGUAACUUAUACUUCCUCGAUGUGCAACUGAUCGGGAGAUCGGUAUUUUUUGAAAGCAAUAAACUACAUUUCAAUGGGAUGGCCAAACAUCCAGCCGCUAGCAAUAAAUUAUGUUAUGAUGAUGAUGAUGAUGGUGAUGAGGAUAAUGGUGAUGAUGAUGAUGAUGAGGAUAAUGAUGAUAAUGAUGAUGAUGGUGAUGAUGAUGCAGGGCGCUCAUCAAUACCAUUAGUGCUACCCUCCUAA